AUGGCGUUGGGCAUGUCGGAGGAGCUGCUGCCGGUGUUCGUGCCGAUUGCCGUCUACUGGGUCGCCUCCGGGAUCUAUCACAUGCUGCUAAGUCCCAAGGACGAGCACCGGCUGUUCCCCAAGGGGGAGGAAGAGGCCCAGAACCUCGCCACCAGGCGCCAGGUGAUAGUGGGAGUCCUCGCGAAUCAGGCGAUGCAGAUGCUCCUCUCCACAGUCAUCUUCAUGGUUCUCUCCUCCUGCUGAAUCUUUACUCUUCUUCUCACUUCUUGUCCUUUCUCCGGCUCCCGACCGUCCAACAUUCCCGUUCGCAUCGGGCUCACGUCGAAGCGGUAAAAUAAAUAUGCGCAGGUCACGGGAGGAGAGAAGGGUGCCACCGUGGACGCGCCCUCGGCGUCCCUGCUGCAGGUGGCGGGGCAGCUGGCCGUGGCGAUGCUGUUCAUGGACGGGUGGGAGUACUUCUGGCACAGGUGGACGCACGAGAAUAAGUUCUUGUACAAGCACGUCCACGCGAUGCACCACCUCCUGAUGGUCCCCUACGCCUACGGUGCGCAGUACAUCCACCCCGUCGACGCCUUCUUCGGCGAGAUCAUCGGUGGGUUCCUGUCCGUCUUCAUCUCCGGGAUGUCCCUCCGGACGACGGCGGUGUUCUUCAGCCUGCUGACCGUGAAGGCGGUGGACGACCACUGCGGGCAGUGGUUCCCCGAGUACAAUCCCAUCCACCGGUUCAUGACCAACAACACCGCCUUCCACACCGUCCACCACCAGCACCAGGGCAUGAAGCACAACUACUCCGUCCACUUCCUCCCCACCUGGGACCUGGUCCUCGGCACUUACCUGCCCCACUCCGUCGAGGAGAGGAAGGGCGGCGGAUACCAGAUCCGCAUCGCCAAGGACGACUAA